UUACCUCCCAAGUAGUUAUCAAGAUUCAAGACACUGGUAAACAAAAAAUAAAAAAAAAAAAAUCCCGUGAUGAACCGCGACCAUCGUCACUCGGAAGAAAAAGUACCUCUCCGAUCAACCUCAUCGUGCCCAGAAUUCGAUUUCCGAUUCCGACAGAACUCGAAGCAACGAUUCUCGCACGCCGACGAGCUCUUCUCCGACGGGAAACUCCUCCCUCGCGGCUUCACGAAGAACAUCGAACCUGAGAGUAACAAUCUCAAGACCCAGAUUAGUUCCGACAAAAAGUGUAUCAGACAACAUUCUGGCGCAGAGAAUCUGAAUUCUGGACGUGGGUCUUGGCUUACGCGGAGCAAAUCUGUCGGAUAUUGUCUGAGGAAGAAAAUGAAGAACGGUUCUUCAACGUUCGUGUCGGAUUAUGAAAACUUUGAUGAGAAGAAGAAGAAGAAGAGCUUGCAGAAGACGAACUCUACAGAGAGGGCUUCGAAAACGACGAGAAAUCACGCGUUGAAUGUCCCAUUGGCCGACAUGUUUUGCUUCGGUUCUGGUUUUUCCGGUGGGAAAGAUCGGAGAAAAUGAGGCAGAGUCAUGAAUCUUCAUGACCUUGCACGUGUCAAG